AUGGAAACCUCAAACAAUGAUGAAACAGAGGAGAAAGAAAAUAAGGAUGAAAUAAUCCCUAAUGUAGAUAGCCCACCACCUUCAGAACCUAAUACACCCAGUAAAAGUCCAGAAGAUACUUCCUCUAAGCCAAAAAAAGGAAAAGCAAUUGGAUAUGUCAGUGACAGUGAUGAAGAAUUACCAAUGGGGUUAUUGGAGAGACCAGUUGUUAUUGAGUCAGGCAAGAGAGAAAGAAAGAAAACAGACAGAUUACCAGUUGGUGAAGGCUUUGGCUCAGGUCAGAAGAAAAAAAUUGAUAUUCCAGAAGGCAAAGGAGAAAAGUUAGGAAAUAUAGCUAUAAUUGAAUUCAGAAUAAACCAACACAAAGCAGAAGAUCUAAAGGUUUUCCAUAGGAUAUUAUUUUCAAGGACAGGCACGGCAAAUGAAAUAAAGAAAAAUAUCAGAUUAUUCAAUGGUUUCCCUUUUGAAGUUGAUGAUAAAGAAUAUACAAAGAGAAUGUCUGUUUUAAAUAAAGCCACACUUCCUCAAAUUAAACUAAUGUGUGCAGUGUUAGAUAUAGAAAGAAAGGGAACCAAGGUGGAAAUAGUUAAUAGAUUAAUGAAUUUCUUAAUGAAACCAACAGAUUCAGGAAAAGCAGUACCCAAACCUAAGAAAAAGAAAUCCAGAACAUCAGGAGAAAAGCGAAAAAGAACAAAGAAAGAAAGUAAAGCUAAAUCAAAAGAAGACGUGUCAGAUGAUGAAGAUGAUGAUGAUGAUGUCAAGGAUACCACACUUGAAGAUGAUGAUUCAUCACAAGAAGAUAAUGUUGAUGGUGAUGAUAGCGAGAGUGAAAAAGAAGAAGCUAAACCUCCUAAGAAGAAAAGACGCACAGAAUCACCCAAACCACAAAAGACCAAGUCUGAAAAACCUAAAGCGGAGAAAACAAAAGCUGAAAAGCCUAAGGCCAAACCGAAGAAAGAGAAAAAGGAAAAAGAAAAUGGUAAAAAAGAAAAAAGUAAAUCCAAGGUUACAAAAGACUCUGAUGAUAGUUCAGAUGAUGAACCAUUAAGUAAAUCUAUAUCUGAUCCACCAGGUAAUGAUGAGAUAAAGAAAGUUAUAGAAAAGAUAUUAGAUGGUGCUGAUUUAGAAGAAGUGACCAUGAAAACUGUAGUAAAACAGGUGUAUGCUAAAUAUCCUAAGUUUGAUUUAUCAGAUAAAAAAGAAUUUAUUAAGUGUACUGUGAAAGAGAUUAUUUCCUUUAAUGAUUGA